ACCACAGAAAAUGACGCUGCUGUCGGACGAACAGUUUCGCAUACUCAUCGACACAAUCAAAUCCCUGGCGCCGCAGAAAGAUGAUGAUCACCAAUCGAAGGGCAGCUUCAGCAACUGCGCGGUGCGGUUUAGCGGGCAGCGAGACCACGACGCCGUCGAUGAGUUCAUAACAGCCGUAGAAACCUACAAGGAGAUGGAGGGCAUUAGUGACAAAGACGCACUGAAGGGUAUUUCGCUGCUCUUCAAUGGCGUUGCUGUCAUGUGGUGGAAGGGUGUGCGACGAGAUGCCCACACAUGGCAAGACGCACUGAAACUGCUUCGCGAUCACUUCUCGCCGACAAAACCCUCCUAUCAGAUCUACAUGGAGAUCUUUGAAAUGAAGCAGGAAGACGGCGAAGUAAUCGACCAGUUCAUAUGCAAGCAGCGUGCGCUGCUGGCCAAGCUGCCGGAGGGUCGUCACAACGAGGAGACAGAGUUGGAUUUCAUCUAUGGCCUGAUGCAUCAAAAGUACAGAAGUCAUAUACCACGUCACGAGAUCAAGUCGUUCAGAGAGCUGCUCGAACGCGGCCGCAUGAUAGAACGCACGAAAUAGAAUUAACUAUUUAUCCAU